GCGUCGUCAAGCAGUGGCGGAGGUAUUUUGCCAAAAUGCUAACUAGGGCAUAUUUACCGGUGAAAAAACGGAAAACCAAACAAUGGAAACUGUAAAAACGAUUCUUCUGUGAGCGAAAGUCAGCCGCAGACAUCGAUGCAAAACUGAAAAGAAAGUUUUAAACUUUUUAAACAGUUUGUGGUUGGCUGAGUGCUAGCACUGCAGCUAGCCUGCUAACGGCUAACCGAGCUGCUAGCCGCUUAAAAAGUUUCUGAGGAUAGACAUUCGAGGUGAGUGAGGCCAGGAAUUAGUCGGGUACAUGACGGCGGAGGGAUUGCGGCACUCCACCAUCAUGUCUGCCUUGUUCAGGAUGACCGAGGACCAGGAGCUACUGGGAGCCGCACAGUUCAUCAAAGAGCGCCUGUACUUCGCCACAUUACGCAGUAGACCUAAAAGCACAGCCAACACUCACUACUUCUGCACUGACGACGAGUUCGUCUACGAAAAUUUUUAUGCAGACUUUGGUCCUCUGAACCUGGCCAUGCUCUACCGAUACUGCUGCAAACUUAACAAGAAGCUGAAGUCAUUCACUCUGACCAGGAAGCGAAUCGUUCACUACACCAGCUUCGACCAGAGGAAGAGAUCGAACGCUGCCGUGCUGAUCGGAGGAUAUGCUGUGAUCUACCUGAAGAAGACUCCAGAAGAAGCCUACAGGGCUCUGAUUUCUGGCUCGAAUGCCACCUAUCUGCCCUUCAGGGACGCUUCCUUUGGAAACUGCACCUACAACCUCACAGUGCUCGACUGUCUGCAGGGCAUCCGGAAGGCUCUGCAGCACGGCUUCUUUGACUUUGAGACCUUCGAUGUAGACGAGUACGAGCACUACGAGCGUGUAGAGAAUGGCGAUAUGAACUGGAUCGUCCCGGGGAAGUUUCUGGCCUUCAGUGGACCUCAUCCUAAAACUAAAAUCGAGAACGGUUACCCUCUCCAUGCCCCUGAGGCAUAUUUCCCGUACUUCAGGAAACACAAUGUGACCACCGUCAUCCGUCUGAACAAGAAGAUUUACGAUGCCAAGCGUUUCACUGAUGCUGGCUUCGACCACUACGACCUCUUCUUCUUAGACGGCAGCACGCCUAACGACAUCAUCACACGUCGCUUCCUGCACAUCUGCGAGAGUGCAGAGGGAGCGGCUCCUAUGUCCGUGUAUUCAGCAGGGAGCGGUGUGUAUCCUCUGCCAGUGACUGGGCCCAAGGAAACACUGAUGCUGCUCCCUGUACUGACUGUGUUAGUUAGUGUUAGUGCUGGCCUGGGCCGGACGGGCACUCUGAUUGGCUGUUACCUCAUGAAGCAUUAUCGCUUCACAGCAGGUGAGGCCAUCUCCUGGAUCAGGAUCUGCAGACCGGGCUCUGUAAUUGGACCACAGCAGAACUUUCUGGAAGAGAAACAGGCGACACUGUGGUUGCUAGGUGACAGUGAGCGUUCCCAGAAGACCAAGCAAGAGGACAAGGCGGUGUCGCACCUCAUCACCAGUAUAGAUGACCUCACAUUAAACUCUGCCCACAACAGCAACAUGUGCCGAUCCUCAAGCUCUGACCAACCACAUGAGGGUGAGGGAACAGACAGCGGUGUGACUCAGGGAGACAAAUUGAGAGCCUUAAAGAGUCGCCGUCCUCCCCGCCCCGCCACCACCGGAGCCCUCAGAGUGGACGAGAUGAAGAUGCAUAGCAGGUCAUCGUCACAGCCGCUCAGGUUGUCGAUGGGAGUCAGUCAGGGCCCCGCCUCGCCACUCAAGUCCUCCAGGUUCCCAGCAUCCUCUGCUUCAGCUGCAGCCAAGAGGAUCGGGAGAAGUCAGUCAUCAUCGGCGUCCAACAUCAGAAGCUCAGCCCUCGGCUCUCGAUUGGCCAGCUCUCUCAGUGACCUGUAUGCUGCACAUGUGGAGGGUGACAGGAACACCCCCUACUCCUCUCUUCUUCCUCCCUCCUCCUCCUCUGUGUCCCUCAGCCCCUCUCCCUCCUCUUUGGCCCCACCCCCUGUGUCUCGCUAUGGUAAUGGGCCUCACAGCAUGCAGCAUGAGGUCAAUAACAACAGCGGUCCAUAUGGCGGCUCUGUGAAGAGCUGCGCCCGCCAGGGGCCUCAGGACUUCAGCCCCUACAGGGGCCUCGGAGGCUACAGUGCUAUGACGGGCCCAUCAGGACGCUUCCUGAGCCGCUCCAUACCUUCUCUUCAGGCUGAGUACAUCCAGUACUAAAACUGCAGACCUGGCCUGAGGACACAUUACCCACAGCCCCUCCUGAUUACCUAGAGUCCCUCCGGUGUUUAGCAGGAAGCUAAUAACCCAGCAGGAGUUCACUUCUAUCUGGGCUGAAGAGACUGAUUCUGCUGUGAGGCGGUAACAGCUGCUCUCUGUUCAUACAUAUGUAAAUUAGCUGUAUGUUAAUGAGCUCUGUGUAAAUAUGAUGUAAUCUACAUGUGUGUGUUUGGCUAAAGAAAAUUUAUUUAGAUAAAGACACAUUUUAUAUUUUUUAUUUGUGACAUAAGAAUCAUAUUUUUGUUUCAACAAUAAUAAUGUAGUUUUUUUUAUAAACUGAAGGAUUAGCUGACAGUGCUCCCUUGUCAUGGUUACAGUAUUUGCUUCCUGUUUCUGAUCAGUUACCCAUGUGACUUGAGUUUCCUCAGAUUUAGUCUGAAGGAGAUGGAUUUUAUUCUUGUAUAAUUAAAAGCAAUAAUCAUGAUAGAAGAAGAAGGGACCUAAAAACAAAGCACUGAUGACAAACUCAGGGGAUUAUAGUGAGAGAGAGAGAGAGAUUAAGUCUUAGACAUUUUCAGUUUGGUCUCGAUCAGUUUAGUUUUUGUGAAGUCAUGACAAAAACAUCUACAUGUCUCUGGCAGAUCAAUACAUGUACAGCUGAAAUGAUUAAUCGAUGAAUCUGAUCAACAAAAAAAAUUAACCUCCAACAAUUGUAAUAAUUAAUUUCUAUGUUUAGCUCAGAAACGUGUUUUAUUUUCACGUGAUUUGGAUCAAACAUGUCUGAAAGUCAAAGUGAGGUGGGUCCUGUAAUCUUGGAACAAGCCACUGAGAGACAUCUUUAAGUUUCACAUCUGAAGACAAAACACUAGGGCUGCCUCCUGAAAGUUAAGUAGUCGAAUCAUUAGUUAAGAGACUUGUCAGCCAGUGUGCAUUACAAUAGAAAGCAGCCCCAGCCGGUAGUUUGUCACCUUCUUCUCCUCAUUCUGAUGUGCCAGCAAAGGCGUUAACGCAUUUGUAAACAGACUCGCUGUGCAUUGAUACAAGUUCUGGCAUAUAGGGCCUAUCUGCAUGGAUGUAGCUAACACUAUUUGCUUGGUUUGCAUUUAGGAGCCAAUAAGUUUAACUGAAAAUCAGUUUUGUUUUGUUUUUUUCUGGGUGCUUGGUGCGUGGCAUUUUGGAUCUGGUUCUAAUUUGGAACAAAGUUUCUGUUUCCAACCCUAAUGAAAUUACACAAACAAUGUGAAUAAUGUAACAUUCACACAAAUCAUGUCAGAUUUCAGUUAGCAGCACAGGUACUGCAAGGCAGCCUACACACUGACAGGAAGUAGUUUAGGCCUGCUCUCACUGUGUGAUGAGGAAGGUGGACGUUUAUCGGUGACAAUGUUUUCAGUAAGCUGCAGGUUGUAAGAGCAAACAGUGAGACAUCUGCCAGAGACAUGGAGGAUUUUGAAUCCACCUGAUCCACCACAAACUGAAGCAAUCUGGUGACAGUGUUCUUCCUGUUUAAGGGGACACGGUGACCUUUGAUCUCCGGAGUUGGCCUGUCUGAGCUGCUACUGAGCAGCUGGUCUGUAGACAAACUUUUCUCUCAGGCUGGAGGCUGGAUUUGAUCAAGCACAAUAUUAUUAAUGUUCUUGUGGGACAGUCGAAGUGAAUCUGACAAGAUUCUGAUGAAACAAUGACGUUUACAUAAUUCAAGGACAAAUUGUGGUGCUGUAAACACAACAGGACUCAGAUCCUGCUCUGAUCAGAUUCAGCUUAGCAUUUGUCAUAAACCAGCAGUGAGCUGUGUCAGUAAAUAUAAUGUGUAGUCUCAGAGCCCAUGGUAUGUUUGCAGACCACUAAAGGGAUUUUUGUGUGUCAAAUGUUAAAAUAGGCUGACAUUUCAGGAAGUCCUCUUGUUUUAAGCCCAGAAUGGCAUGUUGUUGUUGACAUAAACGUCUUUGAGUGUCCUGACAGCCUGAGCACAGCAACACUCAGGUUAAUAAAAGCUGUGUCUGUUUCUGGCUUUAAAGGCCUGACAUUCAGUAAAACUGACCCAGACACAGUUCUGUUUGUUCCACUUUGAGCACAUGUUCACUUGUGAACACUCUGAGUACAGUCCAUGUUGUAUUCAAAUGUGUGCACAGGCCUCGACAUACAUAAUUCUUAUGUGGACUUCCCCAGCUUCCAGUAUUUGUGCUAAGCUAGGCUAAACACAUGGACACACAGACAGCAGGGAACAUGAGGAUUUACUGAAAUGUAAAGUUUAAUACAAAAAUGUUUUUAUGUCUUAAAAUAAGACACUGGCUGAAUAUUUGCCCAAUGAUUGGCUGUCAUUAGAUCAGCUGAUCAGAGCUCUUAUUGGUUGAAACCAGAUGAUCGAUGUUAAAAGUUUUUGUUGUUUUUCAGAUGAAGGGUAUUUCUUAAUCAGAAAAUAUUUUGAAUGUUUGAGUCUUCUACCUCCAAUGUCUUCAUGAGUUCUGUAUGUGAGACGGACAUGAAAAGAAGUUUUAUUUAUUGUCAUUGUAACAUGUACAAUGAAAUUAUGUUUGGAGC